GGCAUCUGAAGUAUAGAAGAAGACGCCCUUAGAGCGGCAUGAUCGUUUAGCAAAUUCGAGUUUUACUCAGACCACUCAAUAAAAAUGCACUUUGCUUGAUAAUUUACCUCAAUAUAUUGGUACAUCUCAACUUGGUAUGUAAAAAUGUCAACGCUUGUCUUGGACAAUGGUGCGUGCUUCGCUAAAAUCGGGUACAGUCAUGAGAAAGUCAGUGUUAUCCCAAAUUGUCAGUUCCGUUCGAAGACCUCCAGGCUGAAAACAUUUACCGCGAAUCAGCUGGAUGAGAUCAAAGACCCGUCUGGACUCUUCUUCAUCCUCCCGUUUCAAAAGGGGUAUCUUGUAAACUGGGACGUGCAGCGCAAAGUUUGGGAUCAUCUGUUUGGAAAAGAUAUGUUUAAGGUGGACUUUGCGGAUACCAACAUUGUGAUAACAGAACCGUACUUCAACUUCAGCUCAAUUCAAGAUACCAUGAAUGAGAUUUUAUUUGAAGAAUAUCAAUUCCAGUCAGCACUCAGAAUUAAUGCUGGAUCUUUGAGUGCUCAUCGAUACUUCCAUGAGAACAACUCUGAGCUGUGUUGUAUUGUGGUGGACAGUGGCUUCUCCUUCACACACAUUGUUCCUUAUUGCAGGGGAAGAAAGAUGAAAGAGGGCAUUUGCAGGAUAAAUGUUGGAGGAAAGCUGCUCUCCAACCAUCUGAAGGAGAUCAUUUCAUACAGGCAGCUGCAUGUGAUGGAUGAGACGUAUGUGAUCAAUCAGGUCAAGGAAGAUGUGUGUUAUGUGUCACAAAAUUUCUACAAGGACAUGGAGAUUGCACAAUUGAAAGGUGAAGAUAAUACAGUUAUGAGAGACUAUGUGCUGCCGGAUUUCAGUUCUAUCAAAAAGGGAUUUUGCAAGCCUAGAGAGGAGAUGAAUUUUACUGGCAAAUAUAAAACUGGGGAGCAGAUCUUGCGGCUCACCAAUGAGAGGUUUGCAGUGCCAGAGAUGCUCUUUCACCCCUCUGACAUUGGCAUUCAGGAGAUGGGCAUACCUGAGGCUUUGGUCAACUCCAUUAACAACAUGCCAGAAGAGAUGCAACCCCACUUUUACAAGAACAUUGUUCUUACCGGCGGCAACACCUUGUUCCCUGGAUUCAGAGAUCGGGUUUACAAAGAAGUCCGGGCAUUGGCUCCUGUAGAAUAUCAAGUUUCUGUCGUUCUGCCACAGAAUCCUAUUUGUUACCCAUGGGAAGGAGGAAAGUUAUUGGCUGAAAACCCUGACUUUGAAGAGAUGGUGGUCACGAGAGAAGAUUAUGAGGAAAAUGGUCAUUAUGUCUGCGAGGAGAAGUUUGAUAUUUGAUGCAUAUGAAUUGUAUCAUGUCAUUUUGUACAGAGAAAUUGAACACUGCACGUUUUGUAUGAAAACUAAGCUGUACAUUGGCGUACUAUAUAUUACACUCAGUAUUCCUCAAGUCAA